GUGUACAGGGUGUCUCAGAAUAUUGUAAAAUGUGAGUUGUGGUUUAAUUUUGCGGUUUCGGUGCGGUGCUUCUUCCUCCGCGGCCAUUUUCGGUCACAAACUCCAUGUUUAGUGCAUCUGUGAAAACUGAAAAAUGACCAUUUCAUAAUAUUUAAGUGAGGUAAAGUGUUAUUAAACCCUUCAAAAUGACCACAACUAUAGAAAUCCCGCUCCGUGACACGGAUGAGGUUAUAGAACUUGACUCGGACCAAUUACCUGAUGGGGACGAAGUUUUGGGUAUUUUACGCCAAGAAAACACCCAAUUGUUCAUUUGGGUCAACCUUGCGUUGGAGUACUACAAACAAGGCAAAAUCGACGAUUUUAUUAAGAUACUUGAGGCUUCUAGAACUGACGCCAAUGUCGAUUAUCGCGACUAUGAGAAGGACCAAAUGCGAGCCCUUGACAUGCUCGCCGCCUAUUACGUCCAAGAGGCCAAUCGGGAGAAAAAUAAAGACAAAAAACGAGAAUUAUUCACGAAAGCCACUCUCCUAUACACCACAGCCGAUAAAAUCAUCAUGUACGACCAAAACCACCUCCUGGGGAGGGCCUACUUUUGCCUCCUUGAAGGCGACAAAAUGGAGCAAGCCGAUGCCCAAUUCAACUUCGUCUUGAACCAAUCCCCCAACAACAUACCCUCAUUAUUGGGGAAGGCAUGCAUUGCGUACAACAAAAAGGACUUUCGGGGGGCUCUAGCCUUCUACAAAAAGGCCCUAAGGACGAACCCAAACUGUCCUGCUGCAGUCCGACUCGGAAUGGGGCACUGUUUCAUGAAGCUCAACAACCAAGAAAAGGCCCGAUUAGCCUUCGAGAGGGCCCUCCAACUCGACCCGCAAUGUGUGGGGGCCCUUGUCGGGUUAGCCAUACUGAAAUUGAACCUCCAACAACCUGAUUCGAUCCGAAGUGGGGUUCAAAUGUUGUCCAAAGCCUACACGAUUGAUUCUUCGAAUCCCAUGGUUUUGAACCAUUUAGCCAAUCAUUUUUUUUUCAAAAAGGAUUACAGUAAAGUGCAACAUUUGGCACUUCAUGCGUUUCAUAAUACGGAAAAUGAGGCAAUGAGGGCGGAAAGUUGUUAUCAGUUGGCGAGGGCUUUUCAUGUUCAGGGGGACUACGAUCAGGCUUUUCAGUAUUAUUAUCAAGCUACACAAUUUGCCCCCACGGCGUUUGUUUUGCCCCAUUUUGGGCUAGGGCAAAUGUAUAUCUAUCGAGGCGAUGCAGAAAAUGCCGCCCAAUGUUUCGAGAAAGUGUUGAAAGCCCAGCCUGGAAACUACGAAACAAUGAAAAUCCUUGGUUCACUCUACGCCAACUCGUCCUCACAAUCAAAACGUGACAUUGCUAAAAAUCAUUUAAAAAAAGUAACAGAACAAUUUCCUGACGACAUUGAAGCCUGGAUUGAAUUAGCCCAAAUUUUGGAACAAUCCGACCUUCAAGGCUCACUAAAUGCGUACGGAACAGCAAUUCAAAUCCUAAAUAAGGACGUGCAAGCCGAUAUACCGACCGAGAUUUUGAAUAAUGUAGGUGCUCUACAUUACCGACUGAAUAAUUUAGAAGAAGCGAAGAAAAAUCUCGAAGAGGCUUUGACACGAGCUAAAACAGAAGCGGAACAUGAUCCACAGUAUUAUAAUUCGAUUUCGGUGACGAUUACCUACAAUUUGGCUAGAUUAAACGAAGCUUUGUGUUUAUUUGACAAAUCUGAGAAAUUAUACAAAGAUAUUUUGAAAGAGCAUCCGAAUUAUGUCGAUUGUUAUUUGAGAUUGGGGUGCAUGGCACGUGAUAAAGGUCACAUUUAUGAGGCUUCUGAUUGGUUCAAGGAAGCCUUAAGGUUCAAUACCGAACAUCCUGAUGCGUGGUCACUGCUGGGAAACCUUCAUUUGGCCAAGGCCGAGUGGGGCCCUGGGCAGAAGAAGUACGAGAGGAUUUUAAAGAAUCCGGCCACUUCGCAGGAUUCUUAUUCCCUGAUUGCCUUGGGGAACGUUUGGUUGCAAACUCUCCACCAACCAACGAAGGACAAAGAACGUGAAAAGCGCCACCAGGAGCGAGCCUUAUCAAUGUUCAAACAAGUCUUAAAAAUUGACCCGAAAAACAUCUGGGCUGCAAAUGGAAUCGGGGCUGUUUUAGCCCACAAGGGGGCUGUCAAUGAAGCACGUGACAUUUUCGCCCAAGUCAGAGAGGCAACGGCUGAUUUUUGCGACGUUUGGUUGAAUAUUGCGCAUGUUUAUGUUGAACAAAAGCAAUUUGUUAGUGCCAUACAAAUGUAUGAGAAUUGUUUGAGGAAAUUUUUCAAGUAUAAUAAUGUCGAAGUGCUUCAAUAUUUAGCUAGGGCCUAUUACAAGGCUUCUAAACUAAAAGAGGCCAAAAUGGUGUUGCUGAAAGCUCGUCGAGUGGCCCCACACGAUACAGUUCUACUCUACAACAUCGCAUUAGUGUUGCAAAGAUUAGCCACCUAUAUUUUGAAAGAUGAAAAAUCGACUUUGCAAACUGUGCUUCAAGCGGUGCACGAACUUGGUUUAUCUCUAAAAUAUUUCACUUACUUGGCCGAAUUUGGGGAUAAAAUGCGCUACGAUGUGACAUUAGCUGCAAUGGAGGCUCGUCAAUGCAAAGAUUUACUUUCCCAAGCUCAAUACCACGUGGCUAGGGCACGCCGUGUCGACGAAGAGGAACGUCAACUCCGAAGAAAACAAGAAGAUGAAAGAACCGCCUUCAAAAUGCGUCAACUCGAAGAACAGAAGAAAGUUGAAGAGGAAAUGCGCUUAACCAAAGAACAACUCCUCCAAAAACGUCAAGAAUACAAAGAGAAGACCAAAAACGCCCUCUUAUUUAUGGAAAUCCCCAAUGAGAAAUCCAAAGGUAAAGGUAAAGGUCGCAAAGAUCAAUAUAUUAGCGAUUCUGGGAGCGACCGUGAGAAUCAAGAAGAGAAAGAAAGAGGUCGAAAAAGACAACGUAGUAAAGAUCGAAGAAGAAAAGGUGGACGAAAACGAAGAGAAAAAUCCGAAUCGGGAAGUGAUAGACCGAAAACGAAACGUAGUCGAAAGAAAUUGAAAGAACCAAGAGGUAGACAAAAAGAUGAAGGACUUAGUGCGAAACAAAAGAGUCGAAUUGUGUCAAAAGCGACGAUUUCGACAAGUGAAGAUGAUAGUGAUGAUGGGAAAUUGAAGAUUGCGAGUGGGGAUGAAAGCGAGGGGCGUGGUGGUCGUAAGAGGAAGAUUUCUUCAGGAUCGGAAUCAAGAUCAAGAUCACGAUCAAGAAGUGAAUCUCGUUCAAGAUCACGCUCGAGUUCUAGUUCUAGAAGUAGGAGUGUGUCGAGAUCUAAAUCACGCUCAGUUUCGAGAUCUAGAUCCAGGAGUCGGUCUAAAUCUGGAUCUAGAUCACGAUCACCGUCGAGAUCUAAAUCUAGAUCUAGAUCUAGAUCGCGAAGUGGUUCCAGAAGGUCCAGAUCGGUUUCUAGAAGUAGGAGUAGGUCUGGAACUCCGGAAAAACACUCAGGGAGUGAAAAAGGUUCCAGGGCGUCUUCACCAGCCGGAAGUGAGUAGGUUAAGGCAGUGUUAUAGUAGAACAUAGUAACAUUAAUUAUGAACAAAUAAAUAAAAACGUUUAUUAAAAGUUUUACUGUAUCUACAUCAACCGGAUAUUGGUUAUAAUCGAUUAAUACACAAGGAAAUUGGGUUUAUAAAUAUACAAAAGUUGUCGUUUUAAUUCGGGAACGACAGUCGAGUUUUUACUUGU